AUCAUAAUGCUUUCAAAUCCCAACAUAGACAUGUUCAUAAAACACAACACUUAUGAUUUAAUUUAUCAUUUUCACUAAGUCCUUACAUUGCUCCUGUUUGCACAUGUCGACUAGUUUCAAAAUCACCAAUAUCAUUUUCUUACUAAUCUUAUUGUUCAUAUCAUCCCCUCUAAGUGAGGCUACACAAGAAAUCUUAGCCAAGAACGGGUCGAUCAAAGAUGAAGAUCAAGACACACUUAUUUCCCCCGGAAAAAUGUUUCAAAUGGGAUUUUUCGGGCCGGCAUCAAACCAAGCUGGAAAUCAAAGGUUUCUUGGAAUAUGGUACCAUGAAGAUCCAAAAACUGUGGUUUGGGUUGCGAACCGAGACAAUCCAAUCACAUCAAGUUCCUCUAUUGUCACUAUCGAAGAUGAUGGCAAUCUAGUGGUGAAAGAUGAAUCUAAAAAAUACUUCACCACUGGUUUACCUCCAGCAGCUUCAGGGUCAAGGACCCUGAAGCUCCUAGACACUGGAAACCUGAUCCUACAAAACAGAUCAGGACAAGAGAUAUGGUCUAGCUUUAGUUUCCCUACCGACACUUUCCUCCCAGGAAUGUACAUGGAGAAGACAAUGAAGCUAACUUCUUGGAAAAGUUCACAAGACCCUGGAACGGGAAUCUACGUGUUUCAAAAAGAUCAAGUUUUCGGAUACAACAAUUACACCGUUUUUAGAGGGAAAAAGCUUCAUUGGAAAAGCGGGUUUGGGCUAGAAAGAAUCAUAAACCCUGCCAAAAUGCCAAUGGCUGCCCUUAACUUGCUAUCAAGAGCAAACACAAGCAAAACUCUAAACUACUCUAGGCUAGUCAUGAGCAGUUCGGGUGAUAUCCAAUUCUAUUAUCGGGAUAUAACAUUCAGAAAAUGGGUACUAAAUUGGUCCGAACCCAAAGACUUCUGCAGCAAAUACAACGCCUGUGGACCGAAUAGCAGUUGUAACAUAAGUAAACCAGUUGGAACAAACGAUACUUAUUGUGACUGUUUGCCUGGGUUUGACCUUGUUCCUGAUGUUAAUACAACAGAGGAAGUAUGCAAGAGAACAUCGAAAGUUUGCAGUGGAAAUGACACUAAUUUCUUGAACAUGGAGAUCAUGAAGAUUGAUGUAACUUUUCUAUUAUUUUUGGAGUCAAGAAGUGAGCCAGAAUGUAAAGAGAAAUGUUUAGGGCUGGAUUGCUGUCAAGCUUAUUCAUAUAAUGGUGUAGGGAACCAAGAACUGGCUCGGGCCGGGGUUCCUGGAGGCAAACAAGGGUGCUGGGUAUGGUAUGAUGGUUCCCAACUUGAUGACAUUCAGAUUGGUAAUGGAGUUAGUGGCCACAUACUUUCUAUUCGGAAUCCUAUCUCAAAAGGAAUCAAAAACCAUCAAAUUAGUAACGGAAAAGUUAAAAGAUCUAAGUCAGUAUCCACCCGACUCAUGAUCAUCAUUCUAUCUGCAAUUGUUAUUCUCGGAGUUCUCUUAUGCUUUGUUGCCUUCAUUUGUUGCAAGAGGAGGAACGAUAUCAAAAAAGUUCAAGGAACGGCUGAAAGUGAAUCUGUGCAUCAGUUUACUGAAAGUGUGAGGCAAAUCCAAGCUAUGCUGGAUCCAUUCAAUACAAAUGAAAACGAUUCUCAAACCAUAGGUAUACCCUUCUUUGACUUUGAGAGAAUAUCCGCUUCCACAGAUCACUUCUCAGAAGCAAAUAAGCUGGGAGAAGGUGGCUUUGGACCUGUUUACAAGGGAACUUUCCCUGGUGGAGUAGAAGUUGCAGUAAAGAGGCUAUCAAUCAAUUCUGGACAAGGUUUAGAAGAGUUCAAGAACGAGGUGACUUUGAUAGCUAAGCUUCAACAUCGAAAUCUUGUUAGGCUUUUGGGAUAUUGCAUGAAGGGAAAUGAGAAGAUGCUAAUAUAUGAGUAUAUGCCCAACAAUAGCUUGGAUGCCUUCAUAUUUGACAAUACGCAAAGUGCAUUGCUUGAUUGGGCGAAGAGGUUUGAAAUCAUUUUGGGGAUUUGUAGAGGUCUCAUAUAUCUUCAUCAAGAUUCAAGGUUGAGGAUCAUCCAUAGAGAUUUAAAGACAAGUAAUGUGUUAUUAGACGAAGAUUUAAAUCCAAAAAUAUCAGAUUUUGGGUUAGCAAAGAUCGUAAAUGGCAAAGAGGUGGAAUCUAAUACAAAGAGAAUUAUCGGAACAUACGGUUAUAUGGCACCAGAAUAUGCUUUAGAGGGAUUAUUUUCGACCAAGUCUGAUGUGUAUAGUUUUGGAAUAGUUGUCCUAGAGAUUAUCAGUGGGAAAAAGAAACACUAUCAUUGUGAGCAAGCCGUCAGUCUUCUCAAUUAUGCUUGGCAAUUGUGGAAGGAAGGUAGACCUUUCGAUCUAAUGGAUCAAAAACUAUCGGAAAAGUAUAACCCUGAUGAAGUAUUGAAAUGCAUCAUUGUCGGGCUUUUAUGUGUGCAAGAAGAUCCUGAUGAUCGUCCUACCAUGUCCAAUGCAGUAACGAUGCUGACAAGUGACAUUGCUACACUUCCCGAACCAAAGCAACCAGCAUUUUUAGUAAGAAAGUUUCCUUCAUCCUAUGAUACUUCUUCUUCUUCAUAUCAACCACAAACACAAACCCAAGUCGAGGUCACAAUCUCGACAGUACAAGGUCGAUAAGUAUGGUGAUUGAUUAGUCAUUAUAUUUUUAUAUCACUGUUUAUCAAAGAGUUAAUAUAGAUGAAUGUAAAGUUACUUUAAUUACACAUGCAAAUUUUCUUCUCCUUGUUUCUAGACUGCA